AUGUCUGAGUAUUCUGCUACUGAGAGAGUGCUGGCCAUUCCUGAACUGCUGGAGAACGUCUUGCUUCAGCUCGGCUCCUCAGACGAUACUUCCUGGAAACAGCUUUUCGUCGUUCAGCGCGUGUCCUCCACAUUCGACGCAGUCAUCAAGAGCUCGACCCAGCUGAGACGGGCAAUGCAUCUCGAGCGGCGGCGGCAGUCACUAGCAACGAUGCCGACACCAAUUCUUCCGGCAGAUGCAGUCUCCACCUUGCAAAACGGAAUAGACGCAGCACGACCUGCUUGCCUCGCCCGCUACCAACAAUUCUUCUACUCGCUGGAGAAAAUCAUCUAUCCUUUUUGGUGUAACCUACGGAUAAGCUCCGGACCGAAAGGGACAGUUAUCCUGCAUCUUAAUGUCUCCCUUUUCUGGUCAGAGGAGCUUGCCGGUUCUGGCACUGUGUCGGCACGAGUCCCUAGUACGCUCGACGGCAGCAAUCCGGUGGAGAAGCUGAACUCAUGGCGGAAUCUCUUGGUUCCCUACGAUCCACUUCACCCAGUCGAAGUCCACUGCUGCGGGUCCAAGAUCAUCGACACCUGCGGUGCUAAGUCCACCCUGGGUGAGCUUGCAGACGAGGCUAUCCGGGCUGGAAGAGGGCACCUGAAGGGCGUGAAACAGAUGGUGUACCACCAGCAGUAG